CUUCCUUCCCAGACUGACCUGACCUGGAUACCAUGCACAACAGCACUGCCGAAACUCCGCACGCGGCUGCGACGUGUAACGAGACUUGGCCCACCCAGCCGCCGAGCUCCGAGCUCUCACUGGGUGUGUUGGUGCUGCUGGCUUUCCUCAUGGUGCUGCUGUGUCUGGUGACCAUCCUUGGAAACAGCCUGGUGAUCCUUGCUUUUGUGAUGGACAGAAACCUCAGGCAUCGGAGCAACUAUUUCUUUCUGAAUCUUGCUGUUUCUGACUUUGCAGUGGGUGUGUUCUGCAUGCCCCUCUACAUCCCUUACAGCCUGACAGGGAAAUGGCACUUGGGAAGAGGCAUCUGCAAGCUCUGGCUGGUUAUGGACUAUCUCCUCUGCACAGCUUCAGUAUUUAACAUUGUUCUUAUCAGCUAUGACCGUUUCCUGUCUGUUACUAAAGCUGUAUCUUACAGAGCCCAGCAGGGAAUAACAUCCAACCCUGCCAUAAAGAUGGUGGCCAUCUGGGUCUUAGCAUUUCUCCUGUACUGCCCAGCCAUCCUGUUUUGGGAGCUCGUGGCCGGACACAGUGUGGUAGCGGCGGAUCAGUGCUACGCGGAGUUCUUCAACAACUGGUACUUCCUCCUGUGCGCAUCCACCCUGGAGUUCUUUGUGCCGCUGCUCUUGGUGACCUACUUCAACGUGCACAUCUUCCACGACAUCCAGAGGCGCCAGCGGCGUGGCAGCGUGCAGGACUGUGAGCCUCCAAGGAGCAGCAGCCUGUCCUGGAGAUUUUGUGGCUUGCCGGGGCCAGGGGCAUCAUCUCCUUCCUCAGAAGCAGAGGACAAUGUUCCUUAUUCCAUGAAACCAAAGAAAGGGUCUUUGGGAGCUGAGUGCUCAUCUCCAUCCAGAGACAACUCUGUAACCCCAGAAAAUGACUAUUCUGUUUCCUUCUGUGCAAAGACCAGAUCAAAACUCCAACAGGACAAGAAAAUAGCGAAGUCUCUUGCCAUAAUUGUCUGUGUGUUUGCCAUUUGUUGGGCCCCAUACUCUUUAUUAAUGAUUAUUCGUGGGGCUUGCCAGGGAACCUGUGUCCAUAGCUUCCUGUAUGAAGCAGCCUUUUGGCUUUUGUGGAUCAAUUCCUCUUUGAACCCAUUUCUUUACUCUCUCUGUCACGUUAAAUUUCGAAUGGCUUUUCUGAAAAUACUAUGUCACAAAAAGUUUGCAACAUUGAGAUCAGGUUCUUUCUAGAAGGAAAAAGAAAAAC